AUGACAGAAGAGAAGACGUUAAGUUACAGAGAGGGUUCAUUAAAGCAUUCAUUUCAACAAAUGCGGAACCGCACACAGCAUCGAAUUAAUUUGAAGCAGUUUUCAUUGUUCGUUUCUUCCUUUCUUACCACGAGGCAUUUAAGCGACUUGACAAUUUAUGGACAUUCAUCUAACUUGUUGAAAAGCUAA